AUGGAGAACACAAAAGGUCUGCAACUGUAUAAGCGAGAGAGCGAGAGAGAAUCUCAACCGGUAACAGAUGCAAAAUAUGUAAAAUUCAUAGCUCAAUUCGUUUAUCCAUCUCUGCAAAUAAAAACUUAUUUAAGCGUUAAAAUGUGGAAAACAAAAUAUCGUCGUUGUUUCUUGUAUUACCGCAAAGAUGUGCUUAAAGUUAUUGCCAUUUACAUCAGUCAAGUCCUUGCCAUGUUGUAA